GUCUGACGCUGUUUAACAAACCAUAAAAUCACAUUUAACACUGCUGACCCUGGUUUUAGUCAUCUGUGCACAUGAGUGCGAACAGGCUGCAGCAAAUAAAGGGUCAUAUUUUGCCUGGAAACAAGAGCACUGCAAUGGCUGGCUCACCUAGUCCUCUGACCACCCAUGUGCUGAACACUGCGAUGGGCGUCCCUGGAUCGAACAUGGCCCUCAGCCUCUAUCGACAAGACCCUUCCACAAACACUUGGAGAUUGAUGACCACUGGGACCACUAAUGAUGAUGGACGUUGCCCGGGACUCGUCACAAAAGAAGUGUUUACCUCUGGUGUGUACAAAAUGCAUUUUGAGACUGCUCAGUAUUGGGCGAGUAUGGGACAGACCUGCUUUUACCCCUAUAUUGAGAUUGUGUUCACUAUAAAUGACCCUGGCCAAAAGUACCACAUCCCUCUUCUUAUGAGUUGCUUCUCUUACAGUACGUACAGAGGAAGCUAGAGACCAAACAUGAUGGACUCCCGAGGCUACCUCCAUCUAUCAGCUGUCUAACACACCACAGGCAGUUGCAACUCCACCAGAA